UAUAAACACUGACUGCUUUUUAAUACCGACCGCUUUUUUACUCGGGUUUAAUCGAUUUACGGAAAAGAUAAUACAUAUUUACUACGUGGUUGUAACAUUGUAGUGUUUUGUACAUGUAUAUAUAAAUGAAUACAUGUAUAAUUUAUAUAUGUCAAACAUUGGAUAAUACGUUUUUAAAUGCAUCAUGUGGAUUGAGGUGCUAUGUUCGAUCCCAGCUUUGCUGGCUGCAGGCUACCUAGGAAUCAAGCUGUGCUGUCCGUGGCUACUCCUGGACAUCAGUUAUGUAAUAAAAGUGGUUCCAAAAGUUGCGAGGUUAAGGAAACUUAUAGCAAACAAGCAUUUCAUGAUAGAGCAUUUUGAAGACACAGUGAAAAGCAGCCCAGACCGUGCCUUCUUGGUUUAUGAAGACCAACGCUUUACAUAUAAGGAGGCCAACACGCUUGCUUCAAAGGUUGCAAGGACAAUGUUGUCUUUAGGGCUAAAGAUGGGCGAUACUAUAUCUUUAGUACAAUAUAACACACCCGAAUUUAUUUGGAUGUAUUUAGGCUGUAUGAAGAUUGGUGUAAGAAUAUCACUUAUCAACACCAAUUUGCACGGGAAAGCGCUUCUACAUUGUCUAAAUGUAUCCGAAACCAACAUCAUUGUGACCGGAAGUGACACUGAGCUGAUAUCUGCCGUUGACGAGGUCCUUUGCGAUCUUCCGGACGCUGUUGUGUACGUGAUCGGUUGCCCAAGUAACCAACUGCCCUCUAGAUUUGUUUCCCUUCAGGGAAAAAUUGAUGCAGCAGAUUCGGAUGAUAUUGAUCCCGCUUUGAGGUCAGGACACAGUGCAUCGGACCCGGUCGUAUACAUCUUUACUUCAGGGACUACUGGUUUACCAAAGGCAGCUACCGUCACAAACCAGAGAAUGAUGUCAUCAUCUGUUAUAAGCGGCAUUUUUGGAAUAGCUGCAGACGACAUAAUUUUUGUUACCCUACCUCUAUAUCAUUCCAAUGCCCUGAUCGUCGGUGUCUGCUGUGCUAUUUGUCAAGGAUCAACAGUAGCUUUGGUGAAGAAGUUCUCGCGGACUAAUUUCUGGAAGGAUGUACGGCGGCAUAAAGCGACAGUUUUCACAUACAUUGGAGAAAUGUGUCGAUUUCUUCUUACUAACGACAAAUCGGACCAAGAUAAGAAUCAUUGUGUGCGCAUGGCUAAAAGGAAAAUUUUAAAAAAACAAAAACAUCUUGUGUGA